ACACAGGAAGAGGAACUGUGCACGCGGUGACUCGCCGGGACGCAGCCCGCUGCUCGUCUGGGCCCCGCCGGAGAGACGAUAACCCCACUGCGGGGUGCGAGGAGCGGAGAGCUGCCCUGCGUGAGUCAGCCCAGGGUCGAGGUGGUGCCUCUGGGGAUGGCUCACGCUCUGGUUCAGAGCCAGGCCCACGGCGCGGCUGCUCGUGGGGCUGAGGAACCCCAGUGGGAGCAGGGCUGGAGGAGACGCAGGGCCCCGCGUGUGCGCGGGGAGGUAAUGUGGGACGCAUGCGGAUCUGCUCCGAAAUACCCAGCCUUCCCCCAGCCUGCUUUGGUGCGGAGGGAUGGGUGCACAGGGUCACCGGCGCCUGGCGCUGACGGAUUAUGUUGCAGCUGAGCUUUUUUGGGAAGGGCAGAGUUCUCUGAGUUCACAUGUGCCUGUUGCCUGUGAUCUCUUGCUGCUCCCGUGGGCUCCCUCCCGUUCUCUUUCCUUGGAGAUUGCAAGGAAGGGCCGUGCCUCUGGGGCUGCACUGGGGUUUCCACCUGUAAAUUAACCCCUCGAGUAGGGGUGCAACGAGGCCUUCUCCCAGCUGCAGGGAGCUAGCGUUCAAUCAGCUCUGUGAUUUGGUGCAGCCUGUGCGAUCACAGAAGUCCCUCGGGCACCUUAUCCCCAGCACCCCUUGUUGUGAGGGGUUCUGUGCAGUUUACCAGCCAGCAUCCCAACCUUACCGACACCCAGCUUCAGGUCUGGGCCCUCCUCUCCUCUCCACCCUGAACACCAUCUUGCCACAAGCAAGCAGCAUCACAGGAGAACAUGUGCAGAUCCAAGAUGAAGCCUCCAUCUGGGCAAGGCAUAAGGCUGGCGUGCCUUCUCGGCUUGGCUUCCCUCUGCCUUCCCACCCCGCUCUGGGAGGACCGAGACUCCCUCAUGCAGGAGGAGGAAGCCAGACUGACAGGUGGCAAUUUGGUGCUGAGCACCCAGGAGCAGCAGCUCAGCAUGAAGCUCAUCAGCCUCAAGAAGAAGGAGGUCGCCGCAGCCUUGAACACGGGGCAGUUCCCUCCAAGCAUGCACUUCUUUCGGGCAAAAAGCCUCAUUGAGCAGAGCGCAGUGUUCAGCAUCCUGAAGCGCAUGCCAAAAGGCGCUGUCCUACACCUGCACGACUAUGCCAUGCUGAGCGUGGACUGGCUGGUGUACAAUGCUACCUAUCUCCCUGACUGCUACAUCUGCUUCACCCAAACGGGCACUGUUCGGUUUCGCUUUUCCAAGCCUCACCCUCCUCACCCAGUGCCGGCCCAGUGUUCCCAGUGGGUUUUGCUGGAGACUUACCGAAAACAGCUGCGCAACGUGACUGAGUUCGAUCACAGCUUGCUGAGGAACUUGACCCUGGUGACGGAUGCCCCGGAGCUGGCCUACCCUUCCCAAGCUUUCAUCUGGAAAAGGUUUGAAGAAGUCUUUCUCAUCGCUUCUGGACUUAUCUGCUAUGCACCUGUGUUCAAGGCCUAUUUCUACCAGGGGCUGCUGGAGCUUUAUGAGGAUAACAUACAGUAUGUUGAGAUAAGAGCUAUCCUGCCUGCGGUGUACGAGCUCGACGGCACUCAGCACAACAAGUCCUGGUCGGUGGCGGCGUACCAGGAGGUGAGCAGGCGGUUUGUGCAGGAGCACCCCGAUUUCCUCGGAGCAAAGGUUAUCUUCGCGGCACACAGGAUGCUGAAUGUUUCCCAGAUUAAAGAAACCAUCAUCACUGCCAUGGAACUCAGAGCCCACUUCCCAGAUACCCUGGCAGGCUUCGACUUGGUUGGCAAUGAGGAUGAAGGUCAUUCUUUAUGGGAGUUUAAGGAUGUCCUGACCAUCCCAUAUUCCCUGAGGGCUAACCUGCCUUACUUCUUCCAUGCUGGAGAGACAGACUGGCAGGGCACCUCUGUAGACAACAAUGUGCUGGAUGCUCUGCUACUGAAUACCAGCCGGAUUGGCCAUGGACUUGCCCUCACUAAACACCCAGUAGCCAAAAAUUUGUCUCUGAAGAGGGAUAUUCCUGUAGAAGUCUGUCCCAUCUCCAACCAGGUGCUGCUGUUGGUGUCUGACUUGCGGAGCCACCCCGCAGCCAGUCUCAUGGCUGAAGGGCACCCUGUUGUGGUCAGCCCUGACGAUCCCUCUAUCUUUGGGGCAAAGGGUGUCUCCUAUGACUUCUACGAGGUGUUCAUGGCCAUUGGAGGGAUGAAUGCUGACUUGAGGACUUUGAAACAACUUGCACUCAACUCCAUAAAAUACAGUGCCAUGCUACUGGAUGAGAAAGCCAAGGCCAGAGAGGUCUGGCAGAAAAAAUGGGACCAAUUUGUGGCUGAUCUCACUGAUAGCUCGUUGAUGGAGCUUUAGAAGGGAGGAUAACCAUCUCGGAAGGCAUUUGGCAAGCCGGAGAAAGCCAGGCUUGUUGCUGGGAGGCAGCCUGCUUCUUCCACGUGACUUGAGCAGAUGAAGGAACCCCUACGUCUCAGCCAGCCCUGACAAUGUGGUUAAGCUGAGCUUAAUGCUAGGAAUGAGCUCCACUAUCCUGGGGACCUCACAGCCCAGAAGUAAAAUGAAGCAGAGAGCCUCUGUAACAACACCAGCAGAGUACGCCACUCACAAUAGUCAAAACAAUUAAAAGUUGCCGAUGACCAAAUCCUGACAUCCUUAUUCAGGAAAAACAUGCCUUCUAAUUAGACUUAGUGGGUCACUGCCAACAUGAGGAUCCCUGAAUUUUGCCUUAUCGUUACAAAAUGCAGACCUUGUCCAGAAACAGCUAAGACAAACAUCCAGCCAUUUGGGCCACUGACCUUCGGGAGAGCAAGGACUGAAAAUGACUUGUUAUGUUUAACCCUGGGCCUGCUGCCAAAAUAGCACUGCUGGGUGGAAGAACCAGUCGUAGGUUUGACGUCUGCUAUUUCAGGACCUACCAUGGCUGGAAACAAGCAGAUGGAACCGUGCAAAUGUUCCAAGACCGUGUAAGCUUGGUUGCACAGAGAUCAGAAGGACAAAAAGGGGUGCCUCAUUUGCCCGUGGUUGUUUUCUUUUCUCUUCCCUGCAGAAUCCUUUCCUGUCUUCUGGUCACAGGGAAGCUAAACACUUUUCACCUGAGAAAACCCACCCUGGCUUCCCAGAUCCUGUUUGACUAAACACUCAUCCUGCCCAGCAAUGUGUUAACAUAGGCUCUGAAGUUAUAGGAAGUGCCUUUUGAUAUCAAGGGGUCCCACUACUGGCCUUUGUUGCCUUAUUCAGCCCAUUCAUCUUGGUGAUAUUCACCUUGGUGAGAACCAAUCGCAUACUGAGCAUAUCCAAUAUGUUCACUUGGACCUUCGCAGUAUUUUCACCAAAACUUAUUACAACAGCUACACAGCAAAUUGUGCCUAGACAAGUGGACUCCCUUAGUUAACAAGCUCAAAAAUAUCAGGGAAAGAACUAGUUUCAUGGAGAUCAAAAAAAUCUUCAUCAGGAUGCUCAAUAAAUCCAGCAAAAUCCUUGAGUACACACAUCCCAGGAACAAGCCAGGAUCAACCAGCAUCUCUCUGGCAUUAGCACAACUGUUGUGGUUUACAGCAGCCAAGGGAGAUCUUAUAAAUGUUCCUUCUGAAAGGUGCCUCCUCCUCAGAGCCCAAGACUUGAGUGGACUGUUCUUUCCUGAUCUGACCAGCUUGGGCAAAUUGGCUCCCUUUAAGCAUCCUGCUAAUUGUCCCAAGCUGCCUGGUUGUUGUUUAUUUCCUCUAACCUUGGCUAAAGCACCUUAGCAGGAGACAAAUAUAUUCACUACAGAAGCGGA